AAAAUAGCAGUACGCUUCCUGUUCAGUCAGAGAGUCGCGAAGCCAAGAGAAAAUGGAGUCUUCGGCCCUCCUAAGAUUAUCCAAUCUCCACAAUCAUCUUCAUCCCUCUCAGCUAAACAGCAAGAUUGAAAAUGUGGUGAAAGUCUCAUCUGAAGUUUCUGAUGCUCUGUCAAGUGGCCGCGCGGUCGUUGCCCUGGAAUCCACUAUCAUUUCCCACGGGAUGCCUUACCCUCAAAAUUUGGAAACAGCAAGGGAAGUGGAAGCAAUUGUCAGGGAAAAUGGAGCAGUUCCAGCAACCAUUGCUAUUUUGGAGGGAACACCAUGCAUAGGUUUGAAUGACAAAGAAUUGGAUAAGCUUGCUAAUUUGGGAACUAGAGUUCAGAAGACAGCUCGGCGGGACAUUGCACAUGUGGUGGCUACCAGAGGGAAUGGAGCGACCACUGUUUCUGCAACCAUGUUUUUUGCUUCUAUGGUUGGCAUCCAUGUUUUUGUUACCGGUGGGAUUGGAGGCGUACAUAAACAUGGCGAGCAUACAAUGGAUAUAUCGUCUGAUCUUAUUGACUUGGGAAGGACUCCAGUGGCAGUAAUUUCUGCUGGUGUAAAAUCAAUAUUAGAUAUUAAACGAACACUUGAAUACUUGGAAACUCAAGGAGUAUGUGUUGCUGCUUAUAAUACUGAUGAAUUCCCAGCUUUUUUCACUGAAACAAGUGGGUGCAAGGUGCCAUGUCGUGUAGAUAGCCCUGAAGAUUGUGCUCGACUAAUAGAUGCAAGCAUGAAACUUAGUCUUCAAAGUGGAAUUCUGAUUGCUGUUCCAAUUCCAAAAGAGCACUCGGCUUCUGGACGCUUAAUUGAUUCUGCCAUCCAGCGUGCACUUGGAGAAGCUAGGGACCAAAACAUAACAGGAAAUGCUGAGACACCUUUCUUGCUUAGAAGAAUAAAUGAAUUAACUGGAGGGAUGUCUCUUGCUUCAAACAUUGCGCUUGUAAAAAAUAAUGCUGCUGUCGGUGCUAAUGUUGCUGUAGCUCUUGCACAGCUCAGGGAACAAGGAGGACAAUUAUGGAGAUGGCAUGAGAAAACUUCAGUGCAUUACCAAACUUCUCUGCACGACAGCAUCUCAGAGUCCUUUCUAAUCACUCUGCAUUUUCUCUGACACCAUCCCCACCCUACAUAUUUGUAGGUUAGGCUUUCUGUCUGGGUUUGGAUCAGUUUUCUUUGGCCAUCAGAUCAUGCCAAGAAUUACUCCUUUGAUUUAAAAAAAAAGAGAAUAAAUCCUUUUUGUUUAUUUAGCAUCUGCAGUGGCUAGCUUUUUAUGUUCUUUUUCACAGGUAAUUGCCAAUGUAGAUAGUAAGUCACAGUUAUGGUGCUCUGAUCCUCCCAAGUGUUCUUGCCCACGAGUUAAUUCUUCAACGUCAUCACAGAAGUAAUCACCGUUAAUUCAUGCUCUAUGGAAUUUUGGUUAACCUUGCAAUCGUUCUUUUUGACGUCAGCUUAGGCGUAGUUUAAGUUGUCUUAUCAAAAAAAAAAAAAAGAAAAAAGUUCUAAGCUCCAUGAGCCAUGUAGGGUCCAAAGAUGUGAGAAGAUUGAGGCAAGUAUGUAGUGUCUGACAUUUUAAAGGGAUAACCAUGUUUUUGUUCAUAUGUUUC